ACACUAUAGACUUCCUUUGACCUACUUCUAACUCCUCUUAGAGUAUCAAGAGCCAGCUUAGUUUUUUUGGUUGAAUUCUAUCUAGGAAAUUGGCAGAUGGCUAGCUACAAUGCCGCAAACAUUUUGUGUUGAUUCACUUUGUAUUUUGUGGACGUCACAUGCUUUUUAAUAUUUAUCUUAAGUUAUGUUUUAUGAUUGAGAUAAGAACGUUCAUUGAUUUCAAAUGAGAGAAGCAAAUGGCUGCCCACACUUAAUAAUUUCACUUAUUUUCAAAAUGUGGUUCUGUGUGUUGGUUUUGACUCUAGCCUGUCUCGACUCUACACAGAGUUGCACAGAGGAGGUGCUAAAAAAUGACCCGGAAAGUAGCUGCAACAAAUGUCCAGCGGGCUUUCACAGAGAAGAAAAUACCUCCAAAUGCAGAAAAUGUAUCGGCCAGACAUUCACAGCGAUAGUAAAUGACCUGUCAACUUGUCAUCGCUGUAGAAAAUGUGAUAUAGGAGUAUCUCAAGAGGAGAAGAAAGGUUGUGAGCCCAAGAGUGACAUUGUAUGUGGCUGCAAAGAGGGAUUCUACCCAACGAACCUCAACAAGGACUUGUACUGUGAAUCAUGCUCCAAAUGCAAAAACUGUAGUCUCUGUUCCGUGUGUAAGUCAGACAUUAACAAAGACGAGUUGAAGCGAUGCCAACCAUGCCAAACGAAAGAGUGCACGGCUACUUCAACCCACAAUCUCCCAAAUCCAACACCCAACCCCGCCUUCAUCAAAAAUACAGACACUUAUCAUCUCCACUACACCAUGAUGUAUGUCCUUCUGGUUUUCCUGGUCACCACUCUGUUAAUGGCCAGUCUCCUGGUACUGACUAAGGGAGGAUGGAGGGAACAUGGCUGUUGCGCAAACCCUGAAAAGAAACUCCAGUUGCCUACAAGGGACACCUCAGCCAACGUGGUCAUUUGUUUUGAAAACUCCAUCUCGUGCGACAGAAACACUGCUAACCAAACAACAGUGCUAGGUGCCUGCCCACAUGAAUUAAAUGAUCAGCUUCAUCAUCAGCCAAACUACCCAACUUCACUGACGCUGAACAUUACUGAAGGGAUUCCCAUGAUGACACUCGCUCACAGUGUUGCCAAGACUGAGUUUGACCCCCUUAUCACACCCCUGCUGCCAGACAGAGAGCCCAGAGUCCCUCGCCAGGACACCCAGGAGGAGCACUGGCCCGCGACGGUAUUAUAUGCCAUCAUCAAGGAGGUGCCUCUGCGGCGAUGGAAGGAAUUCCUGCGCGUGCUCUCCCUGACCGACCGGCAGCUGGAGCGUGUUGAGCUGGAGCCAGGCCUGGGCUCUAUUGAGAGGCAGUACCAGAUGCUGCGGCUGUGGAGCCAGGGCCCGACUGCAAGUCUGGAGGACAUAUACUCAGCCCUGCUCUACAUGGACCUGGCUGGCUGUGCCUACCAGCUGCAGGGUUGUCUGGAGCAGCUGCAGUGGAGAGCCACAACCAAUGACAUCACCACAGUUUCAUAGGACAACUGAGUAGGGAUGGACAUGAGUAUUCGAACAGACGUCAAAAAUCGGUCUUAACCAGAGAUCACAUUGUUUUCAAAUACUGUGUUGCAACAAAGCGCUAGGUCGCUCUCCAUGCUCACUCUCUCUUGUCAAUGUUUAUGAGUUCCCCACAAUGUAUCAAAAGUAUCACCAGUACUAAAAUGUAGGCUACCGUUAUUCAUUGCCACUUCCCCAUUAAUCUAGAAUGUUUGGUUAUGGUCUUUUCUGUUUAUUCAAUAUAUUAAUACUGCAUACCGUUCUCAUUCUGGUAGUGUACACGUUUGGAGAGCUCACAAACUGUGCUGUGAUAACGAAGUUGUGGUUUAUUUAAUUAUACAAAAAUAUAAAUGCAACAUGCCUCAGGAUCUCGUCACGGUAUCUCUGUGCAUUCAAAUUGUGCACAAAGUGAGCAUUUGCCCACUGAAGUCGGUUACAACCCUCGUGCGGACGACGAGCAUGAGAACAUGAGGUUCUCUGAGAUGGUUUCUGACCAUUUAUGCAGAAAUUCUUUGGUUGCGGAAACCCACAGUUUCAUCAGCUCCCUGGGGGGCUGGUCUCAGACUAUCCCGCAGGUAAAGAAGCCAGAUUGGAGGGGCUGGUGUGGUUACACGUGGUCUGUGGUAGUUAGGCCGGUUGGAGGUUCUGCCAAAUUCUCUAUAACGACGUUGGAGGAGGUUUAUAGUAGAUAAAUAACAUUCAAAUUCUCUGGCAACAGUCAGAAGGCCAAUUGCAUGCUCCCUCAAAACUUGAGACAUCUGUGGAAUUGUGUUGUGUGACAAAACUGCCCAUUUUAGAGUGGCCUUUUAAUGUCCCCAACACAAGGAGCACUCGUGUAAUGAUCAAGCUGUUCAAUCAGCUUCUUGUGUUUAACUUGGCAAAGGAGAAACGCUUAUUAACAGGGAUGUAAACAAAUUUGUGCACACAAUUUGAGAGCAAUAAGCUUUUUGUGCAUAUGGAACAUUUCUUGGAUCUUUUAAUUCAGCUCAUGAAACAUGGGACGAACAUCUGUUGCGUUUAUAUUUUGUUCAGUAUAUUUACCCGUUUUAUGUCAAUUGUGUCAUUGUCCUUUAUUUGGAGCAUAUGUCUGGUCUCUCAGUCUUGUCACGAUUGUGUGAAAGUGCAUAUGCUUGAGUCAAUCGCCAAACAUUUCUGUAAAAAAAAACAUUGAUGAAGCCAUGUGUGCCUAUUUUUUUUAAAUUUGUCUCGGGAUGUCUGCAGUUCGUAGGCAUAAAAGAAAACUACAGCAAAAUUGAUACUGUGAGAUUUCUGUGUAAAGACAAAUACAGCACAGAGCUUCUGUUUUAAUGAGUGAGUUCACUUUUAUAAGCCAUAAAAUGCGGCGCUUUUACUAUUUCCACUCAGCGCUACAACAAGCACUGCGGCAGUAAUGAAUGAGUAGGAAAGUGUAUCUAAAGGCUUGCGUUGUUGUUGUUAUUAGCGACUUGGGUCUUCUGUUCAUAGGAGUAACAGCAUGCAUUUGUGCAUGUGGCAGAAAUAAUGCAGUGCAAACUCGAGUGUCUCCAACAACUGGAAAAUGGUGUGCCUUUGGUCAGUGUCAGUGGAGGAAAGGGAGAGCGGCGGGAUGUUGAGAGGCUGACUCAGUUUGCUGCUCUCUCCUUCCAUCAGAUACAGGCAUCAUCAGCCCAGUAAAAUAAAAAGCACAUUAUUUAAAUGUACGAUCACUCAGCUGUGCCUCACAAGUAAUACAACAACAGAAACUAUUACAAGUGUGAUCAUAUAUCGAACACAAUCUCAUACUCAAUUUGUGGAAAUAUGUACAAAAAGUAUUUCAACAGAUUUUGUGUGUUUAUGUGUGGCUUAAUUCCUGUGAAAAUACACACAAGUUAUUGGAGCAAUGCAUUUUGGGCAAUGGACUGACUUUUUUUUAACGUCGUACAUGUAUUUAUAUAAAAACAAACGUGUUAACCCAAUAUUGUUAAUCAACCAAGUUAUCACCGAAAUACUUCUUUUGCACAAUUCUUUGGGAUACUGAUGCUAUGUCAGAUUUUAUGAUGGUUGCCAGAUUGGAGUAAAACUCUGUUUUUGUCUUUUUUUGUGGUAUCUUCAUAGAUGUUCGAUCAAGUUCAAGUCUGGGCUCUGGCUGGGCCACUCAAGGACAAGCCAUUUCUGUGUUGUCUUUGCUGUGUGCUUAGGGUUGUUGUCCUGUUGGAAGGUCAACCUUCGCCCCAGUCUGAGGCCCUGAGCGCUCUGGAGCAGGUUUUUAAUCAAGGAUCACUCUGUACUUUGCUCUGUUCAUCUCACCCUCAAGCCUGACUAGUCUCCCUGUCCCUGCCACUCAAAAACAUCCCCACAGCAUGAUGCUGCCACCACCAUUCUUCACCGUAGCGAUGGUGCCAGGUUUCCUCCAGAACAGGCAGUUAACCCACUGUUCCUAGGCCGUCAUUGAAAAUAAGAAUUUGUUCUUAACUGACUUGCCUAGUUAACUAAAGGUAAAAAUAAUAAUAAUAAUAAUAAAAAAGUGACACUUGCAUUCAGGCCAAAGAGUUCAAUCUUGGUUCCAUCAAAUCAGAGAAUCUUGUUUCUCAUGAUCUGAGAGUCCUUUAGGUGCCUUUUGACAAACUCCAAGUGGGCUGUUAUAUGCCUUUUAUUGAAGAGUGGGUUCUGUCUGGCCACUCUACCAGAAAGGCCUGAUAGGUGGAAUGCUGCAGAGAUGGUUGUCCUUCUGGAUGGUUCGCCCAUCUCCACAGAGGAACUCUGGAACUCUGUGGAGUGACCAUCAGGUUCUUGUUCACCUCCCUGACCAAGGCCCUUCUCUCCUGAUUGCUCAGUUUGGCCGAGCGGCCAGCUCUAGGAAGAGUCUUGGCGGUUCCAAACUUCUUCCAUUUUAAGAAUGAUGGAGGCCACUGUGUUUUUGGGGACCUUCAAUGCUGCAGAAAUAUUUUGAUACCCUUCCCCAGAUCUGCAACCAAACACAAUCAUGUCUCAGGGCUCUUACAGACAAUUCCUUCAACCCCAUGGCUUGGUUUUUGGUCUGACAUGCACUGUCAACUGUGGGACCUUAUUUUGUAUUUUUUAUUUAACCUUUAUAUAACUAGGCAAGUCAGUUAAGAACAAAUUCUUAUUUUACAAUGAUGACUUAUACACACCUUAUAUAGACAGGUUUGUGCCUUUCCAAAUCAUGUCAAAAUCAAUUGAAUUUACCACAGGUGGACUCCAAUCAAGUUGUAGAAACAUCUCAAGGAUGAUCAAUAGAAACAGGAUGAACCUCAACUCAAUUUCGAGUCUCUAAGCAAAGGGUCUGAAAACUUAUGUCAAUAAGGUAUUUCAUUUUUUAUUUUUUUUCAUACAUUUGCAAACAUUUUUAAAAAAUCUGUUUUUGCUUUGUCAUUAUGGGGUAUUGUGUGUAGAUUGAUGAGAAAAACAACAACAUUUUAAUCAAUUUCAGAAAAAGGCUGUAACGUAACAAAAUGUGGAAAACGUCAAAGGGUCUGAAUACUUUCCGAAUGCACUGUAAAUAAAUGUGGAACACAAAAGUUAGUUUAGAACAUCAUUGCCCAUCAUGCAUUGCUCUAAUAACUUUCAAAAGAUGAAUCCGAAGUUUAUUCCGAAAUACAAAAAUGUAUUUUGUGAAGUUGCACAAUUUUUUGCUAUUUUCCUACGAAUUGAGUGGCACAAAAAUGUGUCUUUUCAAACAAAUUAAGAAACACAAAAAUGCAGAACAACACACAAAAUAUGCUGAAGUACUUUUUGUAGGUUGAAUGAUAGAACAGCUAUUUCCAUGUUAAAAUGUUAUGGGAUGCAUUUUCUUCAUUGUUUUUGGUGGUAUGCCACAUUAGGCCCACAUUAUGAUCAAAUAGCCACAGU